AUGCAGCGCCAAGAGGAUAAAGAGGAGCUGAUACCAUAUCAUGCUUCUCUCAUUCUUGUGCCUGCCCGAGUCAUUAUCCAAUGGGUUGGACAAGUGGAUCGGUUUUUCGGCAACCAGUUCCGGGUGCUGAUUUUUUGGGGCGAUCCCGAUCAUAUCGGUGACGCGGAACGGAAGGAACGGACAAUUGGUUCCCUUGAUGAUCUCCUGGACAAGCUCCAUAAUCUCGCUCCUGAGGACCCCAAGUCUGCCUAUACUCUGGUCAUAUCUAGUUAUGACACUUUCCGAGUCCGCAUUAGGGGUCGGGGUGCCGAUGCAGUUUUGCCCAUGAGUUAG